UUUUGUUUCGGUUAAACCCGGGAUUAUUUUCAGGCACUUGUGCCCGUUCCCCACCCCCACCCCUCGGUGGGGUUAACAGAGCCCGCCCCCCUCUUCUCUCUCCCCGGCAGCCUCCGCCUCUCUUCCCUGGUCUGUCAUCCACACCGCUGUUGUUGCAGCCAUUUUACCGUGGACCGUCGGCAGGCAUAGCGGCCACCGGAGGAUGCCGAGGGAACAUCGUUAAAAGAAUUCAAGAUAUGGCUGACGAGGCACGAGGUUCCACGGUCGGCCGGCCAUUGGCAUUCGCCAAUGAAGAGCGGAGGGCUGUUCACUCCUGGUCCCGCAUCUCAACAGCAGGGCAUAAUGUCCUCCUUGAUGCUUUGAAGAUUCUCAGCCCAGUGUCCUGUGACCUUUCGAGCACUGAGGAACUUGUCACCUUCCUGCAGGAGAUAAGUGAGGAGGGUCACAAGCCAAUUGUGCUGCGCAGCAAGGAUGUAUACGGCUACCGCUCCUGCACAAGCCAACCCCUGACUGAAGAUAUGCUGAAACCACCAAACAGAAAUGUCAAACCCACCGCUAAGAGGCGGAGAAGGAGGCCUCUGACCAAGAAGAGGGAGGUGCACCCAUCCUGGAGCACCUCUGAGAGGAGCAACCCCAGGAUUCAAGGCAUGAGGCCUCCAGAACCGCUGGUGGACCACCGCAUCCUAAUCUGUAGCAGGACACCCAGUCGGACUGUGGAGAAAUCAAAGGUGGAUGUGCAGCAGUGCCUCAGACUGACUAGUAUUGAAGGUCUAUCUGGCUUCCACACGGCCAGACUCCAGAUCCACACUGCUCCACACUCAUCCUCUGAGGCGCCCUCAGGUGGCUUUUUACAGCAACAGCACCCCCCAGCGCUUUCAGGAAUACCUUCUCAGCCUUCUCAGAACGGUGGCGGGGCACCCACCAAAGCUGUGGCCUUGUUCAGCCAGAAGAGCCUGUCCUGUCCCAUCCGACUAGACGGCGCUCUCAUCGGAGACUCUGCACCGGUCUUCUAUGCUAAUGGCCGGGCAUUCCCACAGACUCACACAGAGCUGACCAGCAACGGCUGGAGGAGCAAUGGCCUCCACAGAGACGUUCGUGGCCCCAAGGAACUAAGCAACCCAACCCGGCAGAGAAAUGGCUGGAAGGACAAGAAAAGUUUUAGGUGUAAAGUGAUAAAGGUGGAUGACUCUCGGUCUGUGACGGAGGCGUGCAGAAAAGCGCAAAAGAUCCUACAGGUCAAUCUUUCUCCAGUGAUUCAGAUCCAACCUCUCAACCAUGUGCUGAGAGGCUUCAGAUACCAGAACAAGUGACAAUUCCCCUGAACUCACAAUUUAUUUCCUUUAGCACAUGUUAGUGUUUUACAGUGGCCUCCACCAGUAGGCAUCCGAGUGUUGGAUAUGGACAAGAAGUUGGUCUGUUUGUGGAACUGCUGGUUUCUGACACAGGCACCUGGGAUUUUAAGGCAUUUGAAGUUAGGUGGUGGUUUUCCUAGCAGGCUGGGAAAUGACUAUCGGCCAAAUGCUGGUACAUUUUCACUGUUGAUGUUCAUUUAUGCUACGCAAAACUUCAACCAAACAUUCUUCUGCUUUGAGUUGUUUGGGACGCAAUUGAGCUUGUACCAGAAUCAGCACCUUUAACGGUUCGUUGGGUGUAGAGUAUUUAAACUCAUUUGAAGUAGAACGCCAUUUGUUAAAAUGUUUUGUUUUUUGGGUUUUUUGUUAUUUUUAUUUGCUACAUCACUCUGCGACACCACAUUUUCCACUGGAAAGAAGGGAAAAAAAAAAAAUGAAGCUAGUGCUGGGACAACAGUAUCCCACUGUUUGGUUCCUAUAAAUGAGCUAAAUUAAAGGAGGGGGAAAAAGCGAGUCUUCCUUUUGUGUAGUUUUUGUUUCCACUGGAAAUCAGAAUGGCAUUCUGGGCAUGAGCACAGCAUUGAACCAAACAUUUAAAACGAAAAUCCAUCACAAAGUGUUCCUUAGGUUUAGAGAAUCAACAGACAAAAACAAAGUGUGUGUUAAACAAUAUUUGUCUUAAAAUGAUAACAUAUGAAUCGGUUAAAGAAAACAAGUACGGAAGAGGUCUUUUGGCCUUUUUAGUCUUUAAGGGGGACUUAUUAUGCUCAUUUCAGCUCCAUAUUGUUAUUCUAGCCUUGCAUGAUUCACAGUUCAAAAUAAUUCCUGUUUAUAUUACACUGAGCAUUGGUGCACCUGCCAUCUGAAACCAGCCAGUUUAGCUGGUCGUCCUUUAAGGCCACCCUCCCCUUUAUAAGCCAUCUUUCUUCUGAUUGGCUGCCCCUCACAUACAGCCAGUGGGUGAGGCUCCUGUGAUAACAGUCAAAACUGUGUGUCUGAGAUGGCCGUAUAAGGACAUCCUCUCUCAUUGACAUCACACAAAGCCAAGAGAAGAAAAAAAAUUCUGAAGCCUGAGGUUUUGUCUCACGGGAAUUCAUUUGAAUCUGUGAUCAUGUUUAUAAUAAGCAUGUAACAGUGUAUAUAUGGUAGAAAAUGAAAAGCAUAAUGGGUUCUCUGAUUUGAUAUUAAAGAAUUUGAACUUAAAUCUGAAAUAUUUUCUCAUGUCCUUGCCAUUUAAAAACCCAGAUGAUACGACCUUUAGUUUAUGAAUUUUGGCGUUUUUUCCAAUUCACAGCGCGUGGCUCUGAUUCAUGACUUAAAGAUGUUUCAUGUGAAAAAGGAAUAAAUGUCCAAUGCAUGUACUCAGCUGCUGCUCCAGAUUUCUUAUUGUCCAGUACGUAACAGGCAGAAAUCACACAGGAGUCCUGGUGUAACACAUUUGUUUGGAUGAUUUAAUGGGAUUUGUGGUGGAAUUUGUUUACUUUAGCUGCAGGCCUGUUCAUUUCCUGUCCGGCGUCACAUUAAGUUUAAUCUGCCACCAGAACUCAUUGGUUAUCUGCUCUGUUGAGCUGAAUUGGCCCAGUGAAAUCUUCAUGAUUCCUUGAACUUCUCAGCUUUGAUUUAAGUGUUGUGGCCCACCUUCAGGCUAAACAAAAUGCACUUUGAUAGUGUGACAGUGCGUCACUGUCACCUGUUCCUGACACAAAAGUCUUUAAUGUUCGUUUGCGCUGCAGCAUUUAGAAAUCAUUUGAACUCUAAAACUCUGAUUUCUUUGACUCCACGCUGGUUUUCUCUACAGGUGCUAACCUUCCAACGGUGGUGCUGAAUGAAAAGACUGGCGCAAGAAUGUCUUGGUUUUCUCUUCUAGCUAAAAUUGAUGCAUUUACGAGCAGGAAUGUCCUGUUGAGGGAUCGAUAGCUCUACUGCCUCUUGCAGGUUGGGAUGAGCGUGCCAAACCGCCUUGUGUUUUCCAAAGGGUUUCUACUGAGGAACCAAGGGAAUCUGUUUUCAUGUUAUCUGUGACAAACAUCUGCAUUUUCCUCCAGAAAAACACAUUCCACCAAAUAUUGAGUGCCAACAUUAGUUUGACAAAAAAAACCCCAAAAACCUUUUAAAGACUUUUUUUCUGAAGCUUUUACUGACUGCAACACCAUUAAAUUAAGUUAUACAACCCCAAGAAGAAAUCUGCAGCUCAGUAAAUAAUGGCAGGCUUUGGAUUUCCAAAUAUCUGUUUUGAUGUUUAAAUGCUGUUUUCUCAUGUGGGAUCCAUGGCAAAAAGAAAACAUCAAAUUUGAUCUGGAAAUCUGUGCUUUUAGGUUUUGAAGCCAGUGCACGAUUGAUUGAAUUAGAAAUCUUACCCCCACCUCCCACCUUGUUUGAACUGAGACCACAUCUGCUGUUUGGCAUACACCUUUACAGAUUUCCCACAUCAGUUCUGAUAAAUUUUUCAUUCUGAGACAGUCUGUUUUCUUGUACCCCCUCUCGACUGGCCUAUCAUGACUCUUGCCCUUUUCUAGAUCUGCUUUCUGUUAGUCUUGUUUGUGUGACACUUGUAUAAUAAUGUAUUUCCUACAUGAUCUUUGAAAAAUGUUUUUGUUCAAUAAAACUGAU